AUCAGAGCCAUGAUGAAGACUUUGUGUGUUGCUGUUGUUGUGCUGAGCCUCACCUCAGUGUGCCAGGCUGCAUCGCUGGCCUGUGAGCAGCUGCUGAAGCCAGUGGACAAAGAUAUUUCUGGGCGAUGGUACCUUAUAGCCAUGUCCUCAAAUGCCUGUAUUUUUAAAGGAUUUCUGAAUGCUUUUUUAUGGCCCAGUUUUGCUAUGGAUAUUAUCGCAACUGAUACAUCAAACAUCUAUGACGCCAACUUUAGGUUUGGAAUGUAUGGAAUUUGCCAAAAUAGUUCUGCAUUUUUCUAUCAGAAUGGCUCUACAUUUGACAACAAUGACCGCAAAGAAAAACUAUUUGGGCUUCUGCAAAGUGGGUGUCCUGACUGUCUUGUUACGAAGGCUGGUGACGUCUAUUAUAUUCUUCUACUUUGGAGUAAGAGAAAGAAUGUCACUGCUGCUGAGAUGAAGGAGUUUGAAACACAGACAAAUUGUCUUGGCGGGGACAAACCGGAGGUCCUCAAAACAUAUGAAGGAAAUGAAAAUUGCACACAUGAAGGAGACCUUGACUUUGAUAAUCCAGAAAUAUGGUCCAUGCAUUCUCAAAGACUAAAUAAUAUGCUGCAUCAGUGUUUUACAGAUACAGUUAAUUAUUACUACAGUAGUGUCAAGGAUUGGGUUCAGAAUACCUGGAAUGACUUAUGGUAAAUGCACUAGGGCAUGACUAUAAUAAAUAUUCCCUCACAUCAAAAACUACUAAAUCUGUGAAAAAGUACAAUUGUUUUUUUGUUUUAAUGAAUUCAUUUAAAGGUGGUGGGGCAAGUCCAUGCAAUUGAUUCUCAAAACUCAAUAGAUUAUAUUUUUCCAGUGUACUGUAAUGAUGAAAUGAAGGUGUUUUUUUUAAUCUAAAACUUUUAUGGCUUUCUUGAGAAGUGAUUCUAUUGAUUUUCUUGUGGUUUUGUUUCUCUUGUAAAUGACCAGCUGGUAAAACAUUACUCGAUGUGUAAUUUUUUUUUUUAGUAAAUUCAAUUUUACAGUGUUUGACACCUUUUCCGCAUUACUAUUAAAGGAUAAUGUAGAGGCCAAUGUGACCCACAGAUACUUGAACUCAUGUACAAUGAAUAUUUGCUGCUUUGUUAAUUUGACAUUCGGGGGAUAACAAUGGGCAUUUUCCACUAUUUUCUAACAUUUUAUGCACUAAACAAUCUAUUAAUAUGAAAGAAAUUAACUGCCAUUGAUCAUUGGUUGCAGCUUAGUAGUUCUCUAAUAAGAGAUAAUAUGAUUCUAACAGAGGUUUUCUAAGUGUUGAUUUCUCAAAAUGCAGAAAAAAAUGAAAGGAAUUUGAUUUUGAAUGUUUGUGAUAAACUGCAAGAUUGAGUAUUCUUUUAUGUGUUGAGAAAAUUCUUCUACUUCUUAAACCAAAUAAACUAUUUGAAACCCC